UGAAUGUUGGGGUUGCCCAUUAGACGCAUAAACAAUGGCAGUGUAACAUGCGAACAUAGAAAUCUUAUUCUUUUGUAAAUAUAGAACACCCUGGGACCUGCACAAACAAGAAUAUACGAUAGAAAACGUCGAAUCAAAAGUUAAAAAAAUAAAUUUAGAGAAUCUAGGACAGGAGGGGACACCCAUGAGCUGCAAACAAGGACAAAGACAACAUGACUGAAAAUCACUACUGUGUUCGUUGGAAAGGCUUUCACUCGAAUAUUCUGACCGCGUUGGAAGAUCUGAAAUCUGAUGAAGAGUUUGUCGAUGUAACUCUCUCCUGCGAGGGGAAAACUCUUCAGGGCCACAAGUUGAUUUUAUCUGCUAGUAGUCCGUACUUCAGGAAGAUACUCAAGGAGAACCCAUGUCGGCACCCGGUCCUUAUCCUGAACGAUAUACAGCUGGACGUCCUGGAGGCGAUCAUGACUUAUAUGUACCAUGGAACCGUCUCUGUACCCCAUACUAGUCUCCAGAUCUUCUUAAAAACAGCUGAAGCUCUGAAGAUAAAGGGUAUUGUGGACUGUUUUCAAACUUCAGAGACUCUGGACGAAGUGAUGACUCCUGAAGUACAAGUUCCAUCUCUCCAUCUUCCAGGCCCUCUUCUUCACCCUUCUCCUGGACCUCUUCUACACCCUGCAGGAGAUCUAAGUCUGUUGGCAAGCGCUGCAACAGAGUCAGCUGUUAAACUUGAACCUAUGACAGCUGCUGCUGUUACAGCAGCAGCUGCUGAAGCCCCUGGAGCAACUGCUGCAGCUGUGAGUACAGCAGGACGUAUAUCAAACUCCAAGCGAAGGAAGACUGCUCCAAGGAAACUGGGUUCCUUUCAACCCUCUCCUGUACAUCACAGUUCCGGGGAUGAAGGAGCAGAGACAGAGAAGGAGAAUCAGAGCUUACUUAGUCUAGCACUAACAGCUAGAGAAUAUAGUGGAAUGACUUGUAGAAUGUUGGCGCAUAACUACAACGGACUGAACGGGAUGAAGGAUGAGGAGGAUGAUGAGGAGGGGAGGAAUGGAUCUAAAGAGGAGGGGAUGAGGAUGAAGGAGGAGGAUGACGAGGGUGGGGAGGAUGAAGAGGGUGAGGAUGGAAGCUCAGCAAUUAAUCUUUCAACUCAAAAAGCCUUCUCUCAACUCUACUCUCAGCAGAAAUCUACAAAACAGGAUGUGAAUGGAAGCCUGGAUCUGAGUCUGAAUAAAGGAGGAUUAUACAACUCCUCUAUACCAGUCACUAGUUCUCUUGUAUCCCAAGCCUUUCAACUGCUUCCUGCUCAAUUCCUGAACGCCUCGCCCUCACAGCUGAGUUUAAUGGAGGGGGGUGCAGCGGAACAAAUGGCAGCUCUUCUAGGUCCAGAACAGAUGGCAGCUUUACUGGGCCCAUCAUGGAAGUCCAGACAGCCUAGGAUGUGUCAAUACUGUAACAGAAUGUUCAGUAAUAAGUUCAACUUGAAACAGCAUAUCUUGAACAUGCACACAGUGGGCCGUGAGAUGCAGUGUGAGAUCUGUAACAAAAAAGUGAAAAAUAAAUGGUAUCUCCGGCGUCACCAUGUUACUCAUCAUGGAGCUCCUCUCAAGAAAUAGGUCUUUCACGUAGCAAGUCACGUGACCUUGUUUAGUGCCGUCAUGUGACAUUUAUCUGGUUUUGUGACCUUCCUUCUUCCCCGCCUAGUUGUAACAUCUUUUUCCCUAAUUUUAUGACCUCCUUUAGAGCAGUCAAUAUUUCUACUAUCACGUCUCAGAAAUCAGGCUUUAUACAGUGUUAUUAUAUGAUUCCAUAUGCUGUGACCUCCUUUGCCCCUAAGUUACCUUCAAUCCCCCUCCCUCAAGUACCUUGACCUCCCGUGCCCCGAAGACCCUGAAAUUUUGAAACCUCCAUUGACCCGAAUCUGUGUGACCUCCCUGACCCCCAAAGCUAUGUGACCUCCUAUGCUGUUGUAGUCAGUAUGACCUCUAAAUGUUCUAUAUUAUCUAACCACAUGAUCUACUCCAUGUGCCAUAAAUGCAAAAACGUGUGCCAAACUUCAAUGCAAAUACUCAAGUAUUAUUCUGCAACAACAUGUACAGUGCCAUUCGCAAAUCAUCUGCCAAUUCUAAACCAGAUAUUUAUUCCUUAAAGAGACAAUUUCCAGAUAUUUAAUUCAUCUUUUGUUUGAACUAUGUACUUUGUUCUUAAACGAUCUGAAAGUUCUCAAUCUUGCCGGAUAUUUAGAUAUUUAGAUAUUUAGAUAUUUAGAUAUUUAGAUAUUUAGAUAUUUAGAUAUUUAGAUAUUUAGUUAAUUUCUUCCCGCAACCUCUAGUGUAAAACUGAGCUUAAUCCCUGUACUGUACUGUACUGUACUGUACUGUACUGUACACUGUUCAACCCCAUUUAUAAAGGGGGAAACAUAUCAUUGUUUAUAAAUAAAAUGAAUUCCACAACCUAA